AUGACCGACAAAAUUUACCUUGAUCAUAAUGCUACAACUCCACUGGAUUCGAGCGUCAAGGAAGAUAUUAUUAAGGCGCUUGACUUUUGGCAAAAUCCCUCAAGUCUGAAUGAAAGCGCUAAUAAUGUCUUUAAUAUGAUACAAAAUGCUCGUUGUCAAAUUGCUCAAAUGUGCUCUGCGAAACCGGAAGGCGUUAUUUUCACUUCAGGCGGAACUGAGUCAAAUAAUUGGAUAAUUGAGGCGCAUGAUUCGAUUCUUGAAGCGAUUGCAGCCAAAGAGCGAAAAGGGCUUGCAAGUGUCACUCUGAUUCCCGUGGAUCCGACAACGGGACAUGUAACUGUAGAAUCGGUUUUGGAAGCGAUAACUAAUGAAACUGCGCUGGUCACUAUUAUGAUGGCUAAUAAUGAAACUGGUGUAUUACAACCAAUUGUCGAGAUUUAUUCCGCAAUUCAACAAAAAUUUGGAAAAAAUCGCCCGAUUCUCCAUUGUGAUGCUGCACAGGUCGCCGGAAAAAUGAAUAUUGAUACGUCAAAGCUUUUUGUGGACGUCAUCUCAAUCGUUGGUCAUAAAUUCUACGGCCCAAGAAUUGGCGCGCUCAUUUUAAGUGAUUCCGAUUUGCCUUUACCGCCAUUGUUGUAUGGGGGAAAGCAAGAAUCGGGUAGAAGAUCGGGAACUGAAAACACGCCAAUGAUUGUCGGGCUUGGUUCGGCUGCGAAAUGUGUGAAUGAAAAAAUGUCGAUGCAAGAGGAUCUCGAGAAUUUGCGAAACUAUUUCGAAGCAAGUUUAGAGGAGACCUUUGGAGAUAAUAUAAUCAUAAACUUCAAAAGUUCGCCGAGACUUCCGAACACCUCAAGUGUCAGUUUUGUCGGAUAUUCUUAUCGUUCACGCGAUCUUCUUCAAAAGUGCCACACAUUUUACGCAUCAACAGGAUCCACAUGCCACCGCGGCGAGGAUAGUCCAGUUCUUCGAAAAUGCGGCAUUCCCUAUGACGUUGCUUCGAAGACCGUGAGAUUCAGCGUUGGAAAAAGUACAACAAAGGAUGAGAUCGACAUCGUCGUCAAAGAACUAGCCAAAUUAUUAAAUCCAGACGAAUUUUGA